AUGAAAAGGGAAGGUUACCACGGUUCUGUCAACAACACCGCUUUAUUGCUGAAUAGCCGUGAAGACCACAGCCGGGCUAGCACUGGCACAACGCGAUCAGAGACGCGUUCGUCUCCCUUGCGUCGCGAUGUAAAUGGACCCUGGCGCAAAGGUUCUGGUGGAGGUGAUAACAAAAUAAUUUCCGCCGCGCCAUUUGAAAAUGAUAAGGGAGUCAUCAAAGAUGAUGUGAACUUUCGUGUGGAGCGAAUUGACAGUGCUUCUUGCCUGGCUGUGGACGACGUAGUUGGAUAUGAAUUUGUCUCAGAAGACGGAAGGUGGACUUGGUCCAUUGGCACCGUUCUGGCAUGUGUCAAUAACUCUGACAAUAUCAUUGGAAAUGGUGACGGCAGCGGCGCCAUAGCUGCUGAUCCGAAUCUUGUUUCCUUGGCGUAUUGGAGAAUUGCACUUGAUACACAAGACGAGAAACGACGAAGCGAUUCUACGAUGAAGGCGGGUAAACACGGGGAUGAGGCACAAUAUGACAUUCUUCGAAGACUACAUGAAAUUGAGGAGGAACAGGCCGAAAUUUUACGAGAGCCAUGCGAGAAGGAUGUCAUUGAGGCCGAAAGGACCGCUGAAGCUGCACGGGAAAAACUACGGUUGAGGGUUCAAGAGCAGCGGAGUGUGCUGCAGCAGCUGGCAAAACCACCAGGUGUGUUGCGAUUAGCAACUCAGGCAGUGUUUUCACUUCUUGGUAUUGAAUUGUUGGUGGAACGAAGCGAAGAGGAGUGGGAACAAAUGCAGCGCGUGUUGUGUUCGGAGGCCUUUGAGGAAAGCCUAUCAGAGGCAGACACGUCUAGGUUGGAUGAGGUGCAGGCCGAGAUUAUUACCCAGCGCUUCUUAAAUAACCCGCACUUUACAUAUGCGUACAUGGAGACACGAAGUCACCUUGCGGCGCUCAUGCAAAAGUGGGUGGUUAGCGAAGUUCAGCUCUAUGAAGCUCGUGCAAUGCUUCAAUACCUUAAAGGGCGUUUGUCUGCGUUAAAUGAGGAGGCGAGGCAGAAGCAGCAGGAACUGAGCUUCUAUCUUAACGUCAGCGGCCUUACAAGGACAAGUAGUGACCAAGGCGAUGAAGAAAAUGUACGCUAUGCUUUGCGGUCCUUUCAAGAUCUCGGUAAAGUCCCGUUUGUGCGCAGCGAUAAGGUGGCCGUCGUCGUACGUUCAUCUGUAUUCUGCAAGUUUGUCCCUUCCACGUCAUUUCCCAUGUCUGCGCUAAAGAGCAUGACUAUUCAACGAGAUCGUCUUGCCUGCAUCCGCUCCGCUGCGUCCGGAAGGCAGGGGCGUGUGGGGUUUGGAUCGCCUGUUGGUAUUGCCAGUGUUAUGGACAAUGAGCUUCAUAAAUCGCGUGAGGCAGUGCAAGUGAAAAAACUCUUGUAUGAUCAGUCAAUGGAACGGGAACACAUUUUAGUACGUGAGUUGGAGACUCUCUACCAGAAGCAUGUUUGGUACACCACCGCAUUGCAUAAUAUCCUUCGUCGAGCUAUCGCUGCUGGUACCAGUUUUUCCCGCCGCAGCAAGAGCGAUGCUGUGCAACUUCCAGCCGCCCAAAAGCGAGUGCAGGAGUUGGAGGGGAAUCUCUGCGAGAAGGAGCGUGCACUACGCACCAUGCAAACCAAACACGAUGAGGAAUUGCAGUGGAUGCGAAAAAACAUGAGGAGUGAGGUAUGGGAAGAGGCUCGAAACGCCUUUGAUGAUGCCUCCAUGAUGCAAUUGCGACAAUUUCGCAUACGCCAUGACGAAGAGGUUGGACGGAUGCGAGUGGCUGCGAAAGAAGCGCGGCAAUGGUUAGCUCUUCUUCUGUUUGAACUGCGCAAGUCUAAGGAUCUUGCAAUUGCGGAAAUGCAGCAAGAGGGUCUUCGAGAGUUGAAUUUGGUGCGUGAUGAACUUUCGAUUUGUGAGAAGCGUCAAACGAAAACAGUGUCGAUUCUUGAGGACUCGCUUGCGUACGGCGGCGAGGAGGAGGGGCACGAACGGCACAAAAGGCAGCGGCGGGCGUUGAAGCGGGCACUAAAGACGCUUUGUGGUUCACACUCCUCUGGGCCAUCCAGUGAGUCAUCGCUGAGGCGCUUCUCACGAAAUCCGACGCCAACUCAAGAGGCGGCAUACCGUCGUCUUCCUCUUCGAACUGGCACUCCGGUACGACGACUAUCUACUUCGGAGGUUUCUGAGGUGUCGAGGGAGUUAGCCGAAGACAACGCUAUUAUUUUGCGGGAUCGUCUAGUGGAGGAAAUGCGUGAUCGCGAGUUGAUUCAAGAGGUGCUUGUACAAGAACAACGGAAGAAUCAGUUAUUAGAGGAGGAAACUAAGGCACUGAGAUUUGACCUGAGCCAGGAAGUGGAGAAGCAUGCGGCACUCAAGGAAAUGUUUCGAGAACUACAAAACGAAGUUGCGGCAAGGCCGGGGACUGCGCGUUCAAGUUCCAAAGGAUCUAGGAUGAGUGGCUCCGCAAACGACGGUCGUGAUGCCCGUGAGCAGGUUGCGAAACUGCGUGGCACCAUUGCUACGUUCGAUCGGCAGUUGGAGGAAAUGCUAGAGGCGGAGGGGAUGAAGAAUGAAGGGGCCUCACUCCAGGCUCUGCGGGACUGCUUUGCAAGGCUGAAGGCUUCCUGCGCAGUGAUGCAAGAGGAACGUGAUGCACAGGCUGCCGACGCGAAAAUGUUGGAGUCAUAUUUAAAGACGGCUGCAGAUGCCUUGGAAGACGCUCUCAUCCACGAUGAACGGUGGCGCCCCCACACUACCGAUUCAAACUACACCACGUGGCAUUGGAAGAAAUUUGGAGGCGAUGAUUGGGGUCGCGUCAUCGCCGACACCCCUGAAGCUCUGGAAAAGGCACUUGUGCGUGGUGUCUCUUCCGCGUGCCAUAUACCAGAGGAGUACGUUUUGAAUCUCAAAUACCGUGAUGAGGGCAUGAGCCUCUACGUCUCCUUUGACCUUCGUCAUGACCCAACGAUACCCGCUGAAGAUAUUACGUCUCGUUUAGAGGAGUGCAACUAUUACGAGUUGGAAAGAUUGUACGCUCACCGGUUUUCCCCUGAAGAAGGGAUUGACUCCUUGAAGCGGCAACUGCGCGCGAAGGAAGAGGAGUUGGAGGAGUUGCGCGCCAGUGUGUCGCAUCAGCGACGUGAAUUUCAGCCCUCCAGCGGUGGGGGAUCAAAAGCUUACGUGUUGGGGGCUUAA